AUGGUGGGCCGCAACCGCCGCGGCUCGGCCGACGCGGUGCCCGAUCAGCUGCUGUCCUGGCUGGAGCAGGAGGUGCGGGGGCGGCUGCUCCACAUCGACCAGAAGCUGGACGAGGUUCUUGUCCACGCGAGAGGUCACGGAGGCCCUCCUCCAAGGCGGCCUUCUGCGGGCUCUGCCCGCGUGGCGAAGCCCAUGCGCACCGCCGUGCUCUCCCCGGUGGGGCUCGCCGCCCCGGAUCCCAGCCUUCCAGCUGGCCGUGGCGGCACCGUGUGGCGCCAGCUGGGUCAAUCAGAAGAGGCCGACUCUGACGACUCGCCGCCGACCUCCGCGAGGGCGGCCACUGCGCCCGCGAGGCCGUCCGCGGAGGCUGAACCGACCACAUCCCCGACCGCGGCUUCAUCACAGGCCGCGCGGAAGUUUGAGCUGAGGUUGCCGCCGCUCUUCCUCGGGGCCCGAGCGGACCAGCCUCCAGAGGUCCUGCCCGGCGACGUGAUGCCCGUGAACACGAGCGCCGUGUCCAGCGCGCGAGCAGCGGGGGCGCGCCCGGUGUUGCCGGCGCUGCCAGCGCUCUCGGGGCUGCAGCAGCCGCCCGACGACCUCCCGCCGGCCCUGAGCAGCGGCUCCAGCUCGGAGGGGGCCGAGAGGGCAGAGGUGCGGCCGACGAGGCCGGUGCCGCCAGUGCUGCGGGAGGUGGGCGAGAUUAUGACUAUGAGCACCAGUUCCAGCCCAGAGGCGAAGAAGCAGGUGUCCUGGCGGCGGCCGGGCUCCGGUGGCCUCGAGUCGCCGUCCUCGCAGACGUCGCCGACGCAGGUUCUGCCAGCCCAGGGCGACACCGAG